AGCUUAUGAAUGUCAGACCGUCAUUUGGUCAUUAACAUCUGGAGCAGAGAGGACAACAGUCCUGUUUACACAUUGUUAAUCAGAGAGGAGCUUAUGACCAGAGACAGGAAAGAGGGGGACGGAAGUGAGAGGUAAAGACAGAUGAACAUUCAACAUUUAGACAAAGCAGACAGCGGAAAUAAGGAAUGGACUGAAUGGAAUAGGUUAAGAAUAUUCCUUUUUUUUUUAAUUGGACACGUUUAUCACUGUCAUGUCGGACAGCACUGGGGGCUGACUGGGCAAUCGGACACCAAAUCAAGAAUACAGGAGCUGAGAGAAAUGACACCCAUAAGAGGGAAUUUUGCUGGGAUUCUUGUAAUAACAUUAAACUACUUUAUCCAGUCUUCAGCUUCAUAUAACCCCCACAGAGCAGAACCAUCAAAACCAAAGAAGCUUCAGUAUCUCCUCGAGCCUCCUGUGCAGGUGGAGGUGGCCGGCCGAAGAGGAGACAACGUUACGCUGCCAUGCAUCCUCCGAAUCAAACCAAACCACUACAAGAUUAAAUGGACAAAGCUGGACCCUGAGCAUUUAGGACAACAGAAUAUCAUAAUGAUAUCAAAUGCUAAUGCUUUUAAGCCAUAUGGGCCUGUUGGACGGCGGGCUUCUCUGCUGAGGGCUCACACCAUGGACGCCUCCCUGCUGCUCAGCCAUCUUGAGCUGGGAGACGAUGGCAGGUAUCAGUGUGAGCUGAUAAACGGCAUUGAGGAUGAGAACAUUGUCAUCACUUUGAGGAUUGAAGGUGUGGUUUUCCCAUAUCAAAGUCAACACGGACGCUACAAAUUCAACUUCCAUGAAGCCGAGCUGGCUUGUGCUGAGCAAGAUGGCAUGCUGGCCUCCUACAGCCAGCUUUACAGAGCGUGGACGGAGGGGUUGGACUGGUGCAAUGCAGGCUGGAUUCUUGAUGGAACAGUUCAUUAUCCAAUCGUUCAUCCUCGACCCGUCUGUGGAGGAAACUUGCCUGCAGGCAUUCGUAGUUAUGGGCCAAAAAAUAAGAACCAUGAUCGGUUUGAUGCUUUCUGCUUCACAUCCCAGAUACCUGGCUCUGUCUUCUACAUAACCGGAGCUUUCUCCUAUGAUCAGGCAGUUUACGCCUGCAAACGUCAGGGAUCAGCGUUGGCUUUGGUCGGCCAGCUUUAUGCCGCCUGGCGUUUCCAGAAAUACGACCAGUGUAAUGGUGGCUGGCUGAAAGACGGCAGCGUACGCUUUCCCAUCGUCAGCCCCAGGAAACGCUGUGGAGGCGUCCCAGAAGCAGGGGUCCGCACAUUUGGAUUCCCCAGCAAAACGACUCACCUUUAUGGAGCAUAUUGUUACAGAUAACACAUGUUAGAAAAGACAAAAUCAGUGUAAGAAGAACUUGGCAUCCAAGCUUGAGAACGGUGGCAACAAUGGAGUUAACUUUAAAGGUGACAGACGCUGUUGAGAUCAAUGGUGUAACAAGCAAAGUAGGAAAUUAAACAUUUAACAGUACAGAUGAACAAUCAACUCAGCUUAAAACAACUUCUUGACUGAUGCGGAAACCAUCAGGUGAUUCCAUGUAAUGUUUCUGUCAUGCUUCCUGUGGGCUUAUUAAAGGAUGAAUAAACUUACAGCAAACAACAACUGUUAAUAAAUUAGCCUUAGAUUUGCUUCUAAUUAGGGUCACAAGCUCUUUGGUGUUUGCCACAAUAAAAUAUAUUUUUUUUAAUUAUCCUAAUAUUUAGCAUGAUUUUGUACAACUAUCUAGGUAAAAAAUUGGAUUACAUUCCAGAUGACAUUCAGCAUAUUUCUCUGACUUGGUGUGAAUCAUUGCAUUAGUUUUGGCAGGUUCAUACAUUUGUGUGUGAUUUUUUUAAAUAAUAUGAAAAACGACUUAACUUGAACCGGGUGUCAUUUCGUGCUCAAACGUUCUCAAUCAAGACAAGAUAAAGUCCCCAGUAUGUCACAAAUGGCUGACUGGCAUCAUCUGGUGGUAACAUUCUUCACUGUAAUUGGAUCAAACUAUGUAACCAUCAAAUUCAGAUUCAUCCAUGUGCAAAGUGCAGGAACUAAACUCUGACUUGACUAAGAUUUACUGGGAACUCUUCUAAAUGCUGCAGAUUAAUUAAAUGAACAUUUGUAGUUAAGCAGAAAUUCACAUUACUUUAGAGAGAAAAUAAAAGUUUCACUUGCGAAACAUGUUGGUUACAAAUGAGAUUAAACACAGUUUCAAUGUAACCCCUCCUGUUGUUUCUGCAUCCAAAUGUGACAGGUGUUGUCCUGAAUGUCUGAUUUCUGACAUCUAAAGCUUCAUUAAUCCAUUCAAGAGAAACAAUUUUAUCUCAUUCUAUAUUUAUAGGGAUUAACGUAUUUGUUGCUUGGUGAUAAAUGGGGACCACAUGUUUAUUUCUUCACAGCAAUUUUAAUAAUUUUCAUUUUCAUAGAGUUAAAAUCAAUCGACAGCUCUUAAGAGUAUAAAUUCCACUUAUGUUAUAAAAUUAUUGCCUUUUCAUUGCUUUUAUGUAGACUUCAUUGUCCCUUCAUUAAUUAAACAAACAUUCAACAUGAUCUUUAUUAUCGAUGUAUUACAGCAUUUCUCUAAAAUGAAGAAAACAUCAUGUGAGCAAUAUUUGCAUCUGAUGCAAAAUAUCUGCUUUUUCGAAAUGAGGAAAAGUUGUCCCAAUUUAGUCAGAACACUGCAACCCAUAAACUUAAGAGGAAUUAUAUCACUGCAAGUGAAUAAAGAACAGAAGGCUGAUGGCUAAAAAAAUCUUCCAUCUUAGUGAGAUAAAAGGUUAAAAGAAGACACUAUAAAGUCUGAAGGAAAGCAGAAUUUAAAAAGCACCAAAAGACAAGAAGAGUCAAAGUUCGCAAGAACAAUCAUCUGGUUCACUACUGUCUGCACUGUGUACUGUUGGCACUUUUAUCUAAACAAAUUGCAUUACAUUUUAAAAAUCAAUGAUUUAUUGAAUCAUCUAGCUUUGUCAUUAUGCCCAUUAUUCCCUGCAGCAGAGGAAAAGUUGCGUUGCAAGAUCUGGAGUUUAAUUGAGCAGCCGUAGUUUCCUUCAGGUGUGAUAACCAGCAUGAGUUUGACAAUGUGAACUUAAUCUGACAGGCCAGAUUUCUGGAUCAGGUAAUCAUGUUAGCAAAUUCAAACACAAAGCACAAAGCAAACAUUAGUCAGAAUACAGUCUGUUAUCCAGACAUAGAGAUAACUCCUACUGGCCUGAUAUGCAUCAGUUCUUCAGAACGUCCCAUCGGACUAAAACAUGGUUGAGCUAUCUAAAGCUCCAGCGUGAAAAUAAACACAUGCCUUCAAUUCCGUGGGGAAAAAAAAAAAAAAAAAAAAAACAUAAGCAGGGCCUACAGAAACCUUUAGAGAGAAUGCUAGAAGAGAUGUGAGUCAUAUAUCAUUUGGCCUGCUAAGAAACUCUAUGCAUAAAACAAAUUCUGGUAGUUCAGACUGUUUAGUUACAAAGUGACAGUGACAUUUCUGUAAUAUUGUACUGCUAAACUGAGUUUUGACCACAUUCAACUGUAUUCUUAUCAACGUACAUUGACUUAUUCAGCUUUAAUUUGAAACACAAUACUUCAGCAAAAACAUGCAGCAGAUAAUAAAUUAGUUAACUAUAAUUUAGCUUUUAAAAUAACCUUACUAACAUGAAAGUCAAAGUUAUUACAAUAAAUGGCAACAUUUGCAUUUACAUUAGGCAGCAAAGCAACAUGAAGUAUUUCAUUGGGAUUCUUAGAACAUUAUAAAGAAAUGCUUAAAUGUGUAGCUGAAGAAAAAUAACUGUUUUUAAAUUAAUUUUCACAAAUAAAAAUGUGAAAAGUGUGGUGUGCAUUUGCUUCCAGUCUUGAAUAAUUUGAUUCCCCUAAAUGCUAUUGAGGGCAACUAAUUGCCUGCUGAAGUCACUUGAGAAGGAAAGAUAGUUCACUUGUUUGCUGUUGUUCAGAGAUUUGCUUGAUGCAUUUAUUGAAUAAAAUUUCAAACUCCAAAGAACAAACCAAACAACUCCACUGGGGCUUUGAUGGAUGUCAGAGUUGUUGAUUCUGGAAGUAAGUUCACAAUGUGCAAAA